UUUUCUCGCAAACCGCAGCGCAUUGAUUUUCCCCCACAACAAUAAAAGGGCCACGAACAGUGGCAAUUAGCGUGUCACACACUCCCGUUAGCACCGGACGAGAAGCCUCGCGGCCCGCCAUGCUGUCGGACGCAGACUAUUCCGGGAAUGCCCCCGGGAAUGCUCGGCGAGCCAGGAAGAGGAGCUCCGGGGAGUCCCCGGCGGACGGCCAGACGCUGCGCUCCUCCGGGAGGCAGAGCACCGUGCGCGUGAAGCGCACCAACAACCCUCCACCUGGACAGAGCAAAAGAAAAGCCACGGACACGGAGGAGGAAGACGACCCGUCGGAGAAGAAGUACAGGAAGUGUGAGAAGGCGGGAUGCUCCGCCACGUACCCAGUUUGCUUUGCGAGCGCCUCUGACAGGUGCGCUAAAAACGGAUACACGUCCCGCUGGUACCACCUGUCAUGCGGUGAGCAUUUUUGCAACGAGUGUUUCGAUCACUACUACCGCAGUCACAAAGAUGGCUACGAGGUCUUUGCUCUGUGGAAGAAGGUGUGGACCAGUAACGGGAAAAGUGAGCCCAGUCUGAAAGCCUUCAUGGCCGAUCAGCAGCUUCCAUUCUGGGUCCAGUGUACGAAGCCGGACUGUGGCAAGUGGCGCCAGCUGACCAAGGACAUCCAACUCACGGCCUCACUUGCGGCCGCGUACCGCUGUGGGAUGAAGUUCAACAACAUCAAGAGCGAGGGGUUGGACCACUGCUCCCAACCAGAGGACUUGCGGGUGGCCGAGGUGUCCGAGAGCUGGUGGCACUCCAUGUUGAUUUUGCCGCCGUUGUUCAAAGACAGCCCCGCCGGCCCCUUCCUCGCCGCCUACUACCCCGACUGCGUGGGGAUGAGUCCGUCGGGCGCCGCCGGCAACCCGUCUCCGGCCGAGCUCCGGGCGGACCACUGCCGAGCCGUCCCGCCGCAGAUUCCAGGCCUGUGUCCGUACUUCCAGCCCUUCUACCAGCCCAACGAGUGCGGCAAGGCUCUGUGCGUCCGGCCGGACAUGAUGGAGCUGGACGAGCUCUACGAGUUCCCCGAGUUCUCCCGCGACCCCACCAUGUAUUUGGCAUUGCGCAACCUCAUCCUGGCCUCCUGGCACAGGAACUGCAAGGAGGUGCUGACGACCCAGACGUGUGGCGUGCACAUCGUCGCCCGGGGGCUGGUGCGCGUGCGCUGCGUGCAGGAGUUGGACCGCGUGCUCCACUUCAUGACCCGGAAGGGCCUCAUCAACACCGGCGUGCUGGCGGUGAAGCGGCCCCUGCUCCCGCAACGCCACGGCUCCAGGAGCGUCAUCGUCAUCGGCGCCGGGGCUUCGGGGCUGGCUGCUGCGCGGCAACUGCAAAACUUUGGCACUCGGGUGGUGGUGCUCGAGGCGAGGGAGAGGAUCGGCGGGCGCGUGUGGGACGACACGUCUCUGGGCGCCACCGUGGGCCGGGGGGCUCAGAUCGUCAACGGCUGCGUGAACAACCCUGUUGCCCUCAUGUGUGAACAGAUGGGCAUCAAGAUGCGCAAGCUGGGCGAGCGGUGCGACCUCUUCCAGGAGGGGGGGCAGGUCACCGACCCGGCCAUCGACAAGCGCAUGGACUUCCACUUCAACGCCAUCCUGGACGUGGUGUCGGAGUGGAGGAAGGACAAGUCCCAGAGCCAGGACGCGCCUCUGAGAGAUAAGGUCCAGGAGGUGAAGAAGAACUUCCUCCAGGAGUCUGGGAUCCAGUUCAGCGAGUUGGAGGAGAAGGUGCUUCAGUUCCACCUCAGCAACCUGGAGUACGCCUGCGGCAGCACGCUGGACCAGGUAUCGGCGAGGUCUUGGGACCACAACGAGUUCUUCGCCCAGUUCUCAGGAGACCACGCGCUGCUCGCCCAGGGCUACUCCGCCGUGCUCCACAAGCUGGCCGAGGGCCUGGACAUCCGCACCAAGUGCCCGGUCCAGGCCGUUGAUUACUCGGGUGACGUCGUCAAGGUCACCGCCUCCAACGGGUCCCAGUGGACGGCGCAGAAGGUUCUGGUGACCGUCCCGUUGACUUUGCUCCAGAAGAACUCGAUUCAGUUCCAGCCGGCGCUCCCUGAAAGGAAGCUGAAGGCGAUCCACAGUCUGGGAGCCGGCAUCAUCGAAAAGAUCGCGCUCCAGUUCCCGUACCGGUUCUGGGACAAGAAGAUCCAAGGGGCGGACUACUUCGGUCACAUCCCCCCGGGGCCCGACAGCAGAGGCAUGUUCAGUGUCUUCUACGACAUGGAGCCACAGGGGAAGCAGGCCGUCCUCAUGUCCGUUAUCACUGGUGAUGCUGUGGCUGCUGUCCGGGACAUGGAGGACCGGCAGGUGGUGGACGAGUGCAUGAAGGUGCUGCGGGAGCUCUUCAAAGAGCAGGACGUCCCGGAGCCGCUGCGUUCCCUGGUCACCCACUGGAGCAGAGACCCGUGGUCCCAGAUGUCCUACAGCUUCGUGAAGACGGGGGGCAGCGGAGAGGCCUACGACGUCCUGGCCGAAGACGUGCAGGGGAGAGUCUUCUUCGCCGGAGAGGCCACCAACAGACAUUUCCCUCAGACGGUGACGGGGGCCUACCUGAGCGGGGUGAGAGAGGCCAGCAAGAUGGCUGCCAUGUGAGGCCUGAAGCACCAGCACGGACACACGGGUCGCACUGAAUGCGCCUCUUGAAAGUGUGUGUGUGUGUGUGUGUUGUUAAAUUUGAGUUGAAUGCCUCUGCGAUGGAAACGGGAAGAACUCGUCAUUUGGAGAGUUCAGGGUUAAUGAAACAUCGGUGAAAGUCAACUUUAAUCUCCAAAGGAGUCAAGUUUCUCGGGGUGAUUAUCCUUUGAACUAUUUUCUUUGCGAGCGCCCCGUGUUUCAUCCGGCCGUGUCGCGUGAGAUGUAUUAGAUGUGCAGUCGGAGUCCUUCUGUGGUAGCACUUUUGAUUUAAAUGAGUAUUUGAGUGGUUCCCGUGUCGGACGGCGAGCGCGACCCCCUCCGGUCUCAGGGGCGCGAUCGAGAAACGAGACGACGACGGAGGAAAGAUGAGCGUGAAUGGACAUUUCUGGGAAUAAUAACCCAGCCGGCCGAAGGAGGAAGAACAGCUUCCAUUGGUUCCUGACCAACGAGGCUCCGCCCACGUCCUCACGUCUCUGGAUCUCUACGUGGAGGUGGUCGCGUCCUGUUGCUCCGGCGUCCCGGGGCUAUAGUAUUUAUCUUGUGUGUAAUAAACGGAGCGAUCCACUGCCAUGGCGACCGCUUUCACUGGUGGACGGAUGUUUGGCUCCUGAUUGUUUUACAGGAUAUGUUGGCAUGUGUGUGUGUCAAGUCAACUUGAAUGGGUUAACUCUUGAGUACUGUUGUGAAUGGAGCGGAAACAAGUAGUCAAUCAAUUAGUAGAAAACUUAUCAGCAAUCAUUUGGAUAACGGUAUCUUUUCUUCUUCUUCAAUUUAACUUUGAGUGGCUCUGAAUAUUAAACGUUUCAUAGUGAACUGGA